AUGCUUGUGGUGGGCCCUGCCAUGGACGGGGAGUGCCCCCAGCGAGAGCCCCCGCCUGUGGGCAGCGUCCUGUAUGGCCGACCCCCCCUGCAGGCCCCGCUCUGCGGCUCCAGUGUUGAGAACGCCAUGCUGCAUUGCCCCUGGUACGUGGCGCCAGCGUCCUAUCGGGCUUUCUCCGGAGACAGCCACCAGUUUGGGACCUCCACCUCCUACCUGUACACGGCCAUGGGCGGUCAGCCGUGCCCAGACACCAGCUACGUCUCUGCGGUCCCUACCUACGGCCCCAGCUUCCUACCAAAGAGCAGUGACUUUCCUCAGGACUCCUCGUGCCUCAAUGACAUCUCCAAUGCCUCCAUCUUAUCCUCGUCCAUGGACUCCCUGUCGGACAUCGCAGACACGGCUGAUUUCCCACCCGUUGACAGUCUCAGUCAGGUGCCCACCAUCUGGGACGUGAGCACCGCCUCAUCUGCCCAAGACAAGCAUUUCCUGCCCAGUGUGCCAUUUCCCGGCCUUGAAGACCCUGUGCCCGCGCUCCCCGCUACACCACUUCUCAUCAGCUACCAGUCGCAGAGCCAGCCUGAGGAAGAGGAUGAGGCUGAGGAGGAGGAGGCUGAGGAGCUGGGCCACACGGAGACCUAUGCUGACUACGUGCCCUCCAAGUCCAAGAUCGGAAAGCACCACCCGGACCGUGUGGUGGAGACCAGCACCCUAUCGAGCGUGCCUCCACCCGACGUCACCUACGUGCUGACCCUGCCCUCCUCGGCCCUGGACAGCGGGGCCCUGUCUGCCCUACAGCUAGAGGCCAUCACCUACGCCUGCCAGCAACAUGAAGUCCUGCUACCCAAUGGGCAGCGAGCCGGCUUCCUCAUUGGAGACGGGGCCGGUGUGGGCAAGGGCCGGACAGUGGCUGGCAUCAUCUUUGAGAACUAUUUGAAGGGUAGGAAGAAGUCCUUGUGGUUCAGCGUCUCCAACGAUCUCAAGUACGAUGCAGAGCGUGACCUUCGGGACAUCGAAGCCCCCGGCAUCGCUGUGCAUGCACUGAGCAAGACCAAGUACGGUGACAACACUACCUCAGAGGGCGUCCUCUUCGCCACCUACUCAGCACUUAUUGGGGAGAGCCAGGCCGGCGGGCAGCACCGUACACGCAUCCGGCAGAUCCUCGAGUGGUGUGGGGCCACCUUUGACGGCGUUAUCGUAUUUGAUGAGUGCCACAAAGCCAAAAAUGCCAGCUCCACUAAGAUGGGCAAAGCCGUCCUGGACCUGCAGAACAAGCUGCCCCUGGCCAGAGUUGUCUAUGCCAGCGCCACAGGUGCCUCUGAACCACGGAACAUGAUCUACAUGAGCCGCCUGGGCAUCUGGGGUGAAGGUACGCCCUUCCGCACCUUCGAGGAGUUUUUGCACGCCAUUGAGAAGAGGGGCGUGGGCGCCAUGGAGAUCGUGGCCAUGGACAUGAAGGUCAGCGGCAUGUACAUUGCGCGCCAGCUCAGCUUCUCAGGGGUCACCUUCCGCAUUGAGGAGAUCCCACUGGUCCCCGCCUUUGAACAUGUCUACAACCGCGCCGCCUUGCUGUGGGCGGAAGCCCUGGGCGUGUUCCAGCAGGCAGCUGACUGGAUCGGCUUGGAGUCACGCAAAUCCCUGUGGGGCCAGUUCUGGUCAGCCCACCAGCGCUUCUUCAAGUAUCUGUGCAUUGCUGCCAAGGUUCGCCGCCUGGUGGAGCUGGCCCGCGAGGAGCUGGCCCGGGACAAGUGCGUGGUCAUCGGGCUGCAGUCCACGGGUGAGGCGCGCACCCGCGAGGUGCUGGGCGAGAAGGAUGGGCACCUGGACUGCUUCGUCUCAGCUGCCGAAGGUGUCUUUCUGUCGCUCAUUCAGAAGCAUUUCCCUUCCACCAAAAGAAAGCGGGACAGAGCCGCAGGCACUAAGAGAAAACGGCGGCCACAGUGCCGAGGGACUAAGGCAUCCCGGUUGGUGUUUGAGGUCGCGGGUGUGAUUCGAAUCAGCGACGAUAGCAGCACUGAGUCAGAUGCUGGCCUGGACAGCGACUUCAACUCCUCCCCCGAGUCCCUGGUGGAUGAUGACGUGGUCAUCGUGGAAGCUGUCGGUCUCCCUGUCGAUGACCGAGGCCCCCUGUGCUCUGUGCACCGGGACCCACAAGGCCCUGGGGUGAUGGAGCGGGUGGAGAGGCUGAAGCAGGACCUUCUGGCCAAGGUUCGAGACCUGGGUCGGGAGCUGCCUGCCAACACCCUAGAUGAACUCAUUGACCAGCUUGGGGGCCCAGAGCGAGUGGCUGAGAUGACGGGCAGGAAAGGCCGAGUGGUGUCCAGGCCCGAUGGGACGGUGGCUUUUGAGUCACGGGCGGAACAGGGCCUAUCCAUUGACCACGUGAACCUCAGGGAGAAGGAGCGCUUUAUGAGUGGCGAGAAGCUAGUGGCUAUCAUUUCGGAGGCCUCAAGCUCAGGUGUCUCCCUCCAAGCUGACCGUCGGGUGCAGAACCAGAAGCGGCGGGUCCACAUGACCCUUGAGCUGCCCUGGAGCGCUGACCGUGCCAUCCAGCAGUUUGGCCGGACCCACCGGUCCAACCAGGUCUCGGCGCCCGAGUACGUCUUCCUCAUCUCGGAGCUGGCCGGGGAACGGAGGUUCGCUUCCAUUGUGGCCAAGCGCCUCGAGAGCCUGGGGGCUCUGACCCAUGGAGACCGCCGGGCCACUGAGUCCCGGGACCUGAGCAAAUACAACUUCGAGAACAAGUACGGUGCCCGGGCCCUGCACUGUGUCCUCACCACCAUCCUGAGCCAGACAGAGAACAAGGUGCCCCUGCCCCAGAGCUACCCUGGAGGGGACUCGGCCUUUUUCCGAGACAUGAAGCGGGGACUGCUUUCAGUGGGCAUCAGCGGCCGCGAGUCCAGAUCUGGGUGUUUGGAUGUGGAGAAGGACUGCUCCAUCCCCAAGUUCCUGAACCGCAUCCUGGGCCUGGAGGUCUACAAGCAGAACGCGCUUUUCCAGUACUUCUCAGACACCUUCGACCACCUCAUCGAAGUGGACAAGAGAGAGGGCAAAUACGACAUGGGCAUCCUGGACUUGGCUCCAGGCAUCGAUGAGAUCUACGAGGAGAGCCAGCAGGUGUUCCUGACGCCUGGACACCCUCAGGAUGGGCAGGUGGUCUUCUACAAGAUCAGCGUGGACCGCGGCCUACGAUGGGAGGAGGCAUUCGCCAAGUCGCUGGAACUGACAGGCGCCUAUGAUGGCUUCUACCUCUCCUACAAGGUUAGAGGUAACAAGACAAGCUGUCUGCUGGCCGAACAGAACCGGAACAAGCAUUUCACGGUCUACAAGCCCAACAUCGGCCGCCAGAGCCAGCUGGAGACCCUAGACAGCUUGUGCCGCAAGUUCCGCUGGGUCACCGCGGAGGAGGCCCAGGAGCACUGGGAGAGCAAUUACCUCUUCUCACUGAAGCACUGCAGCCACGUGGCCUGGAACCAGCAUUGCCGAUUGGUUCAGGAGGGUAAGGACUGCGUGCAGGGUCUACGCCUGCGCCAUCACUACAUGCUGUGCGGGGCGCUGCUCCGCGUGUGGGGCCGCAUCGCCGCCGUCAUGGCGGAGAUCACCAGCAGCAGCUACCUGCAGAUCGUGCGCCUCAAGACCAAGGACCAGAAGAAGCAAGUCGGAAUCAAAGUUCCCGAGGUCUGCGUGCGCCGCGUGCUACAAGAACUGCAGCUCAUGGACUCCGACGUGAAGCGCAAGCGCAACUUGUCCCUCCCCGCGCCUCCGCCGUCCGGCCCACUUGAGCUGCCCUGCGGCCCCGGCGAGGUGCUGGACCUGACCUAUAGCCCGCCUGCUGUGCCUUUCCCACAGGCCUCACACUUCGCCUUCCCGCCGCUGCCCGCAGAGCUGCCCCUACCCGCCGGCCCCAGCCUGCUGUUGGGCGCAUCAGAGCCGGCGUCACUUCCUGAUCCCAUUGACAUGCUGCACCGGGGCGGUUGCGACAUUAACUUCAAGGAGGUGCUGGAAGACAUGCUGCGCUCGCUGCAAACCGUGCAGUCUGCAGAGCCCCCAGGCCCACCGGGAGUGGGCGCAGCUAUGGGGGGCGGGGGCAGCGGCGGAGGCCCUGAGCGGCAGAGCGUCAUCCAAUUUGGACCGCCCUUCUCCAGUUCCUAG